AUGGAAUCUAGUACUAACAUCCAUUUCGUAACGCUGAACUGCCGAUUGUUGUUGAAUGAACUCCAACAGGCCGCUCUGUCCAGACUGCUGCGACAUCUGCUUGCGCCGUUUGUUACAUUGCAGGAAAUGCGGGAGGACGUCCCGAUCAGCAGUAACAACUACACCAUAUAUUGCGGCGAUCCUGAUGAGAAGAAAGUAGGAGGUUGUGCGGUAGCUGUGAGAAACGACUACAAUAUCCUGGUGGAGGGAUUUGGCUCAACGUCGUCAAGAAGUGCCUUUGUAUAA